UCGAAGAAGACGCAGAAUAAAACCGUGGCACGACCACGGACCGCCCUCCUCACUCCGUUCCUGUCGUCGAAUCCGUGCCCAGAUCUCGAUCUCUGCCCUCGUUUCUCCCUGUCGGAGUCUCGGAGAUCUAGCUCCUCCCGAGUCGCAGGCGUCGAAGACGAGGGUCGAACGCUGGAAGACUUCUCGGCCGCCUUAGCCAUGAACCCCUUCUCCUCGGGGACGCGGUUGAGGGAUAUGAUUAAGGCCAUACGUGCCUGCAAAACUGCUGCAGAAGAGCGUGCUGUUGUAAGAAAAGAAUGUGCAGCUAUCCGUUCUUCUAUCAGUGAGAAUGAUCAAGAUUAUAGCCACCGUAACAUUGCAAAGCUCAUGUUCAUUCACAUGCUUGGUUAUCCAACACAUUUUGGCCAAAUGGAAUGUCUCAAGCUGAUAGCUUCUGCUGGAUUUCCUGAGAAACGAAUUGGUUAUCUGGGUCUUAUGCUUCUACUUGAUGAAAGGCAGGAAGUUCUGAUGCUGGUUACAAACUCCUUGAAACAAGAUCUUGGUCACACAAACCAGUAUAUUGUUGGUCUAGCACUUUGUGCUUUAGGAAAUAUAUGUUCUGCUGAAAUGGCGAGGGAUCUAGCACCCGAAGUAGAAAGAUUAUUGCUAACUAGAGACCCUAACAUUAAGAAGAAGGCUGCCUUAUGCUCUAUCAGGAUCAUAAGAAAAGUACCAGACUUGGCAGAAAAUUUUUUAAGUCCUGCAACUUCACUGUUGAAGGAAAAGCACCAUGGGGUCUUAAUAGCAGGAGUUCAGCUCUGCACAGAUCUUUGUAAAGUCAGUGAAGAUGCAAGCAAUCAUUUGAGGAAGAACUGCACAGAGGGAUUGGUUAGAAUACUGAAGGACAUCUGCAAUAGUCCAUAUGCACCUGAGUAUGACAUAGCUGGGAUUACAGAUCCUUUCUUACAUAUCCGAGUUCUUAGGUUGCUGAGAAUGUUGGGCCAUGGAGAUGCGGAUACCAGUGAAUAUAUAAAUGAUAUCCUUGCCCAGGUUGCUUCAAAGACUGAAUCAAAUAAAAAUGCUGGAAAUGCUAUUCUAUAUGAAUGUGUUGAAACUAUAAUGGGCAUAGAAGCCACUAGUGGUUUGCGUGUACUUGCAAUCAAUAUUCUGGGCAGAUUCUUGUCAAAUCGUGACAACAACAUCAGAUAUGUUGCCUUAAACAUGCUUAUGAAAGCUAUUUCAGUAGAUUCUCAAGCAGUGCAGAGGCACAGAACAACAAUUCUAGAAUGUGUCAAGGAUUCUGAUGCUUCAAUCAGGAAGAGGGCUUUGGAGCUUGUUUUUCUGUUAGUUAAUGACACAAAUGCUAAACCUUUGACAAAAGAGCUUGUUGAUUAUUUGGAAGUGAGUGACCAAGACUUCAAAGGAGAUCUGACUUCUAAAAUUUGUUCAAUCAUUGAGAAGUUUUCUCAAGAAAAAAAAUGGUAUAUUGAUCAGAUGGUUAAAGUUUUAUCUCUGGCAGGGAAUUAUGUGAAAGAUAAUGUGUGGCAUGCUCUUAUAGUUGCAAUAAGUAAUGCACCUGAUCUUCAAGGAUACUCUGUAAGAUCUUUGUACAAGGCAUUCCAAUUGUCAUCUGAACAGGUAAGUUUAGUACAAGUAACAAUCUGGUGCAUUGGAGAAUACGGUGAGAUGCUGGUUAACAAUGUAGGGGUGUUGCAAGUUGAGGAACCAAUGACUGUAACUGAGUCUGAUGCUGUGGAUGUUCUGGAGUCCUGUUUAACGCACCAUUCAACAGAUAUUACAACUCAGUCAAUGUGCUUGAUUGCUCUUCUGAAGCUAUCAUCGCGGUUUCCACCAAGCUCAGGGAGGGUUAAAGAGAUUAUUACAACGCACAUAGGAAGUGUUGUGCUUGAACUACAACAAAGAGCAAUCGAAUUUAACUCUAUAAUCCAGAGGCAUCAAAACAUAAAAUCUUCUUUGGUUGAGAGGAUGCCUGUUUUGGAUGAGUCGACUUUUAUUUCUAAGAGAGCUGGCUCAUCACAAGCAAAUAUUUCAACUGAGAAAUCUAAUCAACAAUUACCUUCUGGAGCUUCACUUAAGCUUUCAAAUGGUGUUGCAAAACCAGCUGCUUCACCCUUGGUUGAUUUGCUCGAUCUGAGUUUGGAUGAUACUCCAGUUCCUACUUCCACCUCCAAUGAUUUUCUACAUGAUUUAUUGGAUGUUGGCCUGACAAACUCAUCAUCCUCAGGUGUUGCUUCAGCGAGUGGUACAGAUAUUCUUAUGGAUCUUUUGUCUAUUGGAACACCUGUUCAGAGUAAUACUACACCUGAGAAUGGUUCCUCCAUUAAAGGUUUUAAUGAUAUAUUACCAAUAGCCAAACCUAAUACUGCAACUGUCCAAGUAGUAGAUUUGUUGGAUGGAUUAGCAUCAAAUGGAUCUCAUCCAGGUGCUCAAAGUCCAGUUCAUCCAUCAAUCAUUGCUUACCAGAGCAGCACCUUGAAGAUCACAUUCAGUUUCACAAAACAGCCUGAUAAACCUCAAGUUACUCAAAUUCAUGCUACAUUUAUGAAUUUGUCAUCAGAAGCGUAUACAGAUUUCAUCUUUCAAGCAGCUGUUCCAAAGUUUAUCCAGUUACAUUUAGACCCAGCCAACAGUAAUCAUCUUCCAGCCAGUGGAAAUGGAAGGAUCACACAAACUUUUACUAUUACCAAUACUCAGCAUGGCCAGAAACCCCUCGCCAUGCGAAUAAGGAUUGCUUACAAAGUCAGCAACCAAGAGAGGUUGGAACAAGGACAAAUCAACAACUUCCCUCCAGGUUUAUGAGUGUUCGAACUUGCUUGUUUUCCAAUGAAAUUUCCCCUUUUGCUUCGGGUUUAUGUUCCUCAAUGCUGCUAUGGAAUUUGAUCGUAUAUUCGAUGCAAUGUAUAGUUUAAAAACUACACAAGAGUAUCAUUUACUCCAUGUAUUUGGAUUAAGAUGGGUACAGAACUCAAUUUAAUGCCCCCUUUGAUGAGGUUGAUUCUCAGGUCUGUAUGUAUUUGUAGUAGAAUGUUGUUCAUCGAGUCUAAAUGGAGAUGCGAAGUCGUCGUUUGCAACAUCAAGCAAAUUAUCGACAAGUUCGAUUCUUUGAUAUUGUAUGAAUGCAGUGUGUAUGAGAGCACCUAGAAACCAUGUGAUAUAAAUUGCCAAUUCUUGUGUUCGUUCA